GUAAUUUUCUUUUCUUUUCUUUUUAUUCUCUCUUUUUUUUCCAUUAUUCCAUCUUUCUUCAUGUAUAGAUUAUCUACCCUCUCAAGAACUGGCCAUGGACCUUUUUACUUGAAUGGCUUAUUACGACAGUCAUCUAUACAAUUCACACGAUAUUUAUCUUCAAGUAGGAAUGAUUUUAAUGAAUCAAAUAGUUACGUGGAUGCCAUGUAUGAAGCUUGGUUACAAGAUGCCAAAUCAGUAGACAAGUCGUGGCAAACUUAUUUUGAAAAAGUAUCUCCCAGUAAAGGUGGUUUUGGUGCUCGUCCUCACCAUCCUGAUACCUUAACUUAUUUUCCUUCCAGUUCAGCUCGUCUUCCUGUUUUACCUGGUGAACAAAUAGCUGGUCAAGAUCCUCAAUCAAAAAAGGUGGCUGAUCAUAUGAGAAUUCAACUCCUUAGUCGCGCUUAUCAAGUUCGUGGUCAUCAUAUUGCCAAACUGGAUCCUUUGGGUAUACAAUUUGCUGAUCGUGAGCAUACGUCACCUCCUGAAUUGCAACAUACGUAUUAUGGUUUCACUGACAAGGAUUUAGAUCGUGAAUUCACUAUUGGUCCUGGUAUCCUUCCAACUUAUCAUCGACAAGCAACAACUAUGACUUUGCGAAAGAUCAUUGAACAGUUACAACGUAUUUAUUGUGGCUCGAUUGGUAUUGAAUAUGUUCAUAUUCCUGAUCGUGAUCAAUGUGAAUGGAUUCGAAGUCGUGUUGAAAAUCCUGUGCCAUACAAAUAUUCUGUAGAUGAAAAAAGGAUGAUUCUCGAUCGAUUGAUUUGGUCUGAUAGCUUUGAACGAUUUGUUGCUUCUAAAUAUCCAUCUGAAAAACGAUUUGGUCUAGAAGGUGGUGAAUCUCUGAUUCCUGGUAUGAAGGCUUUGAUUGAUCGAUCUGUUGAUCUUGGUGUGGAAUCUAUUGUGAUUGGAAUGCCUCAUCGUGGUAGACUAAAUGUUCUUAGCAAUGUUGUACGAAAACCGAACGAAUCAAUAUUCUGUGAAUUUAGUGGAUCAAAUGAACCGUCAGUAGAAGGAUCAGGUGAUGUCAAAUAUCAUCUUGGUAUGAAUUAUGAACGACCAACACCAUCAGGCAAACGGGUGCAUCUUUCUUUGGUAGCCAAUCCAUCUCAUUUGGAAGCAGUGAAUCCUGUGGUACUUGGCAAGACAUGUGCAAUUCAAUAUCUUGAUAAGGGUGGCGAUCAAAACAAGGCUAUGGCAGUGCUUAUGCAUGGUGAUGCUGCUUUUGCUGGACAAGGUGUUGUAUAUGAAACCAUGGGAUUCUAUGAUUUACCUGCUUACUCGACAGGUGGUACUAUUCAUAUUAUAGUCAACAAUCAAAUAGGUUUUACAACAGAUCCAAUUUCAGGAAGGUCAACUCCUUAUUGUACCGACAUUGCGAAAUCUAUUGAUGCACCUAUUUUCCAUGUCAAUGGCAAUGAUGUAGAAGCUGUCACUUAUGUUAUGCAAUUGGCAUCUGAAUGGCGACAAACUUUCAACAAGGAUGUGGUUAUUGAUUUAGUAUGUUAUCGAAAACAUGGACACAAUGAAACAGAUCAACCUAGUUUUACUCAACCUCAAAUGUAUGAAGCUAUUGGAAAACAAGUUCCUGUGGUCAAACAAUACGAAGAAAAACUGGUCAAGGAAAACACAUUAUCACAAAAGGAAAUUGAUGAAAAUACAAAACGUGUUUGGUCUAUCUUGGAACAAAAUUUUGAAAAGAGCAAAACUCACAAACCUACUUCCAGUGAAUGGCAAUCAACUUCAUGGCCAGGAUGCAAAUCGCCCAAGGAAGUGGCUGAAGAAAUUUUACCGGGUCAAAUAACAGGUGUCAACAAGGAAGUACUUGAACACAUUGGAAAAGCAUUAACAACAUUACCUGAUGGAUUCCACGUUCAUCGUAGUCUGAAAAGAAUUCUACAAAAUCGUGACAAAUCUGUACAAGAAGGGAAUAAUAUUGACUGGGCUACAGCAGAAGCAUUAGCUUGGGGUAGUUUAUUGAUGGAGGGUCACCAUAUACGGAUGUCUGGACAAGAUGUGGAAAGAGGAACAUUUUCUCAAAGACAUUCGGUAGUUUUUGAUCAAAAAACGGGCACACCAUACAAUUCAUUGAAUCAUAUCUCUCCUGAACAAAAAAAACUCUCGAUUUCCAACUCUUCACUCUCAGAAUUUGGUGUCCUUGGCUUUGAACUUGGUUAUUCUUUGGUGGAUCCUAACACUUUGGUCAUGUGGGAAGCACAAUUCGGUGAUUUUGCUAAUAAUGCACAAUGUAUUGUGGAUCAAUUCAUAGCAGCUGGUGAACAAAAGUGGCUUCAACGUACUGGUUUAGUGAUGACUCUUCCACAUGGUUACGAUGGACAAGGACCAGAACAUUCAUCUGCUCGUAUUGAAAGAUAUUUAUUACUCUGUGACGAUUCUCCUUAUGUAUAUCCAUCCGACAUUGCCCUACAACGACAAAUUCAAGAUUGCAAUAUGCAAGUAGUAUAUCCUUCGACUCCUGCUCAAUAUUUCCAUGUAUUACGACGUCAAAUUCAUCGACCUUUUAGAAAACCGUUGAUCUUGCCGUUCUCCAAAUCACUUUUACGACAUCCUUUGGCGAAAUCAAGCCUAGAUGAAUUAACAGGCGAUACCAUAUUUCAAUCCUAUCUUCCCGAAGUACAUCCUGCUCAGCUUCAGAAGCCAGAAGAUAUCAAGAAACAUAUUUUGUGUACGGGCCAAGUAUAUUACAGUUUGUUAAAAGCUCGCGAAGAAAACAAAGUGACGGACAUUGCAAUUUCUCGUAUAGAACAAUUGAAUCCUUUUCCUUAUCAACAAGUCAAAGAACAUGUCGACAAAUACCCCAACGCUGAAAUCAUCUGGUUACAAGAAGAACCUAUGAAUGCAGGUGCCUGGCAACAUGUCCAGCCACGUAUUACCACUGCAUUAUCCCAAACUCAAUAUCAUACUGGCAAGCAACCUCAUUAUACUGGUCGUCCUCCAUCUGCUUCUGUGGCCACUGGAAAUAAGAAGAAACAUUUCCAAGAAGAAUACAACUUUCUCAGUCAUGCCUUGUUUGGUGAAUCCAUUCCUCCGAAUAAGAUUGUCUCUGGUGGCCCUGUGUGGUGAAAUAUUGAUUGAUACAUAUUUGUGAUGGUUGAUUUUCUUUUUAUCGUAGUUUAUAGAAGUUUAUUUUAUUUAUUUGGUCCAUCUUUACACUUUAUUACCUCGUUUUGAAAUAAAGUUAUGUCGAUAUUGAUGAAGUU